AUAGAAAAAUGUCGACAAUUGUUGGGUCUGAGUGAAGGCUGUAUAUAUGAGCAUUCAUUGUACCAUAUACUUUUAACUUUUCUAUAGGUGUGGCCAUUUCUGUAGUAAAAAGCUGGGGAGAUGAAGAAAGGCUUUCACCGCUGGGUCUGAUGGGGACUUAUCAGCUUGGCCCCUGUCAGAUCCGCUCAUGUCCCCUCUCUUCUGAGUCUGGGCCACGCAAAGUGUGGCUCAGCCCAGACUCAGAAGAGAGGGGGACAUGCUCUCUCACCAAGGCCCACAUAUUUGUUUAAAAUUCUGUUGUCCAACCUCUGCAUCCUAUAGCUAAAUGCUAAUCCCAGGGUGACCUACCUGAUUCUGAAACACAGCAGUGUCACCACCAGUGGGCUGAAAUAGCUGCUUUAUGGAGGGGCCUGUGCAAGACCCUGGGAGCCCUCCCUCCCCGCAGUAAGGAGAGCCAGUUCCUGCAGAGAGCUUUCAGAAGGAGUAGGAUAGAACAUACUCUAUGCUGCAAUGAUUAGCAGAUGGAGGUGCACGCCAGAUGCUAGUGGAGCGUGGAGGGGAGGUGCCAAGGCCAGUCAGGGCACAUUUCUAACAGUGCGGACCCUGGGGGAGGUAGAACUGAAGAACGAAAGUUCCCUGAGUAUUGCAAGGUAGUGAGGGACCUUUGGAAGAGACUGGCCUAACCAAAAGUGCAGAGGGGCAGAAGGACAAAGCAGCAGGCCCACGAGAGCAUCAGCUAUGUGCCCAGGCUCUCCAGUGGCACCCUGGCAGGGAAAUGCACCCAGUCUACCUUCACGCUGGAGCAGCCACGGGGCCGGUUCAGUCACCUCAACAUCUCCGACCUUGACCCCAUCUGGCUGGUGGUGGCCCACAGCAAUGAGGUUGGAGGACAUCCCAGUCCCUGCUGACUUCUCCCAGAGGGGCUACUACCUCACACUGAUGGCCAACCGGGCUCUCUACCAGGGGGGCCAGCCUGGCAACCAGCUCCAGGUCCUCCGAGUCGGCAAUGACACCAGCUGCUCCCCAACGACAAGGGGCUGCAACCACCCACUGCCAGGCCCAGGCCCCUACAGAGUGAAGUUCCUGGUGAUGAGUGAUAGAGGAUCCGUGGCUGAGACAGAGUGGUCCAGUGAGACCCAUCUGAAGCAAGGUAUGAGGCCAGCUGUGGCACUCCAGGCUACCCCAGGGCCCCAGGGUGCAGGUACCGUAGUCAUCAUGGCCAUUCUGUCGGUCCUGCUGACCGUCCUCCUCACUGCCCUCCUCACCCUGCUCAUCUACACCUGCUACGACAGCUGUGGGAGCAUUCCCAUUUCAGGACCAGGGGAGUCGGGGCGCGUGAGAAGAUAUAACCCCCACCACAUGUUCAGCCCGACAGCUGUGGGGAGCUCCUGAGGGAAGCCAGGGGGCUCCCAUCUGCCCCUAGCCUCCUCCCUGGUCCAGGCUGCAGAGCCUGGGCUGGGGGCAUGUCCUGCAGCUUCCAGAGCUCAGAAAUAAAUAUCAGAAAUAAAUGUCCCCAGCACCUUCCUGUA